AAGCACUGGGUCAACCGAAGAAUCCAGGGAGGGCAAAUCCCUGAGCGGUGGGGGCUUGGAGCGGGGACGUGGAGCAGACUGGACAUAUCAGCAAGACCCUACUCCCAUCCAGAAGGAAACUGGAGUGCCAAUGCUGAAGUUUUAACAGAUAAAACAAGCAUUAUGGAUGUCUGUAGCCAGCAUGCAUCGCUCUGAAGACCUGUGUAGACUUGCGAUUGGUCCAAGCCAGCGAUAAGCCUUCUGACAUCAACCCCUCACCCCCAGAUCGCCAACACUGGCCAAUGGCUGAUCUCAGAACGGUUUCCCACGCCAGGCACCAAUGGGAUAUGGGGCGUUGGAGGCUGAUGAUCUAAGCAGAGACAAAAGACAAAUUGUCGCUUCUCUGACGUUGAAUGGAAGCUGCCCUUUGACCUCUACUCUGACUGGCUGCUUCUACAGAUUCACAAAGCCAUGACCUCGACACUUCGAACUUUGCACUUUAAACUCUUGACUCAUGGCACGGGACAAGAUGCAAUCCACAACUGCGAUCAGGCGAUUGAUCGGAAGUAUGACAUUGUACCCUCUGUGGUCUGUGCCAUGUGUUGCCUCUUUGGAAUCAUUUACUGCUUCUUUGGCUACCGCUGCUUCAAAGCCAUCAUGUUCCUGACAGGCUUGAUGUUUGGUUCUAUCGUCAUCUUCAUGCUGUGCUACAAGGAGAGGGUCCUGGACACACAGCUGAGCAUGGAGGCCAGUGUGGGAAUCGGACUGGGCAUUGGUAUCCUCUGCGGCCUGGUCACCAUGCUGGUGCGUAGCGUCGGGCUCUUCAUGGUGGGCCUACUGCUCGGCCUGCUGGUGGCCGUGGCCACCCUGGUGGUGCUGGAGCAGUUCUACCACCCCCGCACCGUCUGGGUCCCCAUCGGCCUGCUGCUGGGCGCCGGAAUGUUCUUUGCGGUACUGACCCUGCAGUGGCAGCGCUUCUUCACCGUGCUGUCCACCGCCGUCUUUGGGAGCGCUGUCAUCACCGUGACGGUGGAUUACUUCAUCGAGCUCUUCCUGCUGGUGCUGUACGUCUAUGAGAGGAUCAAGGUGGCUCCCUUGCAGCCCGUGUGCUGGUACAGCUGGGUCAUCCUAGGUGUCUGGCCUGUGCUCACUGCCCUUGGUGUCCUGGUACAGUUCAAAGUCACAGCAGAAGGCUACUCACACACAGAAGUAAUUAUCAGCAGGAGACAGAGGCGGGUUCAGCUGAUGCGAAUACGACAGAAGGAGACCAAGAAGAAGAGGAGGAAGCAUCACAAGAAAUACCAGGAGCCUGUGUACCGGAGAAAGCCCAACCCGGUACGGCGCUAUGAUGGAGACGUGCUCUCUCCGAGCUACAUUCAGAAUUUUCGAGACCGUCAGACGGGGGGUGGGACCUCCUCUGCCGGAUUCAGCGCCAGCGGGCACACCAUGGUCGACGUAGACUACGACUGUGGUUCCACCGUGCCCCUCACGGCCUCUGCUCCUGCCGUCCGUGUGUGAGGCAGGACGGAAGAGACGGAGGGAAAGAUUAAGGAGGGAUCCUCACUGUCGGGGCUGAAUGAAAAGGAGAGUGUGCAGUUGGGGAAAACAUUACACGUUACUCUCGCUGUGAAAGCGCAAUUGAGGUGGAUCUUUUAUUAACAAAAAAUAAUAUAUCUGACAUGACUCAAGGAGGACUGUGAUUUUGUCUCUUCCCCCGUCGACAUUCUCUUUGGACUUUUCUGAAAAGGAGACGCAAAUUUACGCAGGCUUUUUGAGGCCUAAUGCUCCCUUUUCCAGUUCCUGGGCUAAACACAUCCUGAGCUGAGAAGAACAGUGAUUGGUCUCACCGCUGAAUAAAUUCCUUUGUUCUUUUUUUGACAAGGUCGGAGUUAUAAUCCAGUGCGGAUGGGGAAUGUUUUACAGAACAAAGCAAGAAAUGAAGUAACGUUGAGUGUAAAACACUCGCAGAGAGAGAGAGAGAGACACACAAAGCGAGGGAGUGAGUCCCGAGUGUGGGGUGUGGGUGCUUUCUCUCUCCUCCGUACUCGGUUGUAACCCUCCCCCACCCCGCCCUGUCCCUCGCUUCGCACCCUGGAAGGGAAAUGACAACAUGCACUCAGCAACGAAACUGCGAGAGAGGAGGGUGACGGCUUCUGACGGGAAUGGAUACUUGAUUGAGUCUGAGGUUCGCCUCUGACACCCACCUUCCCCGACACUGACUAACUCAAAAGGGAAUGAGAAGCUUCAGCGGGACAUUCCCAAUAACUGUCACCGGGCAGAUCUUGGUUUUCUUUUGCAUGUCAACAAGCUGUGUGCGAGCGUGUGUGCGUGUGUGCGUGUGUGUGUGUGUGUGUGUGCGUGUGCGUGUGGCGAGAAAUGUACCUGUACAUAUAAGAUAUUGUAUGUGGGAUUCUUUUUCAUGUGAAAUUUUAAGGAAGAAAGGUAUUGGUCUGGCAUUAGGAGAGAAGGUGCUUCUUUCGUUACUGUGUUCAGCCCCUCUGUAGAAAUACUGAUUUUGUGUUCCUGUAGACACCUGAAGGCAGCAUCUGCAUCUCUCCUGUUAUUGCGUCCAGCAAAAAUCGAAGAUUUUGCCAACCCUCCAGAGUUACCCUGGAAUCUCUAGAAACGAAAGAUUAAAUUCCAGGGCGGCUGUCUUACAAAACAAAACUCAUGAGAGAGAAAAAAAAAUCAUUAGGCUGAUUAUUUUUUUAAAAUGUUGGGUGUUUUUUCUCUCUGUUUUGAUUUUGUGAAUUAACAAAAAUAUUGGAAAUUGGGAAGGGGUGGUGGGGGAGGGGGCGUUGAAGAUGUUUGACAGACAGUCCAGAAUUGUCCAAUCAGGUUAAGGUUAGUCCAUCCAAUCCUCCAAUUGGUUGUGAGGAUUGAUCAAUAGCAGUGAGUGUGUGGGGAGCUGGGAGGUCAUCCUUGGAAGGUCAUGUCAUGGCACCUCGUCCAAAACAUCCAUCCAGGAUUAGAGUCGCCUGUCCCCACUCCCACAUCACCUCUUUAAACCUGAAUUUCAGUCUGGUCACUAAAUGCAGCAAUUUCUCAGAGGUGAGAUCGCCGAUUAAAAUAGGGAGGGGCCUGGUGCUCAUUUAUUGAAAUCAUUUUUGUACAAGCUUUACACAAAGACAUCUUAGAAAAAUUACCAAAAGCAAGACCCCAGCACCUUUGGAACAUCACCCCCACUAUCUACCCGAGACUGGCAAUGGGUUGAGGAACAUAACUUUCAGACUCAGGAGGUGAGGCAGCUAUCAUUCAGCUAAACUGACACGUUGACACAUAUAGGGGUCAGGAAGAAGGAAUUGGCAUUAGUUUCAGGAUUGAUGUAGGUUUAACUUCUUUAAUUCCUUUAAUUCCGAGGCCCAGCCAUCUUCAGCUGCUUAGUUAAUGACCUUCCCUCCACCCCCAAGUGAGGAUUCUCACUGAUGACUGCGCCAUGUUUAGCAACAUUCACAACUCCUCAGUUACUAAACGCUCCCCAGCAAGACCUGGACAAUGUCCACAGGCUGUUAAGUGGCAAAGAACAUUCACACCCACACAAGUGCCCAGGCAAUGGCCAGCUCCAAUAUGAGAGAAUUCAACCAUCUCCCCCUGACAAUCAAUGGCAUUACCAUCACUGAAUCCUCUAUCAUCAACA